UGUGUUGUCUACCUCGAUGAAAAAGGAGCGAAUCAGCACGACUUUGUUUGUGUUCCGCAUGAGUGAACUCAGUCCGCUUUGCUUUUCUUACAUUCAACCAAAUACUCUACCAGCUGGUAGCUUGUCGGUUGAUGAUAGUUGAGUUACGAUGAAAGUUAUAUGUGCUGGAGCGCCGAAAACCGGAACUAAAUCAAUUGCCCAAGCUUUACGUUUGUUAGGAUAUGACACAGUCUAUGACGUAGAAGAAGCAACCGAAUUCGCAUUCGAAGAAUGGGAAAACAUUUUCUUUAAAAAGGUGCAAACGUUUAAUGAUGUUAUGAAAACAUAUUGUAAAGUAGAUGCUGUGGUGGACGUCCCGCAUUCACUCUUUUUUGAUGAAUUUCUAAAGAAAUGGCCUGACGCGAAGGUGAUAUUAAUGUUACGCAACAAUGAGGAAGAUUGGUUUAAAAGUUUCGAAGGGAUGGUAAAUCGUGCGUCAAAAGAACAUGGUCACGUGGUUUGGUUUACACCGCUUUCUGCUGCCCUCAGACGGAUGUUAAAAUGGCAGGAGAAACUCUUUUUGAUUGCGUUUGGUGGAUUUGAACCACAUUCAAUAGUUUGGAAGUCGUGGUAUCGCCGGCACAACGCAUAUGUUCGAGAAACAGUGCCAUCCAAUCAAUUGCUCGAGUAUAAAGUUACUGAGGGUUGGAAGCCUCUGUGUGAAUUUUUGAACAGAGACAUUCCGGAUGAAGAAUUUCCGUUUGAAAACAAAGCGGGAAUCCCACGAAAUAUAGCAACAAAGAUGAUGGAAGACACCUGGAUUGCAAAGCGAGUGAAAUAUGAAAUAAAACGAAGCAUGAUAAUUCUUUCGCUAGUUGUCGCUGUGGGAUUGUAUUGUUUCUUUUAAAAUUAACAAAAAUAUAAAUCGUUAAUAAUUUAAGUCCUCAUUUGUUUAAAAUAUAACGUAAAAAAGA